GUAAUUUUAGGUCCUACGGUCAUACCGCUGCCAUGAUAAUUGUGAUAAGGGAGCCAUAAAAACCUGGGCAGAAAACCCCUGAAACAUGCUGCUUGGCAGCCGAAUCUCCAGUCAAAAUGAGCGAAUCUCUUGAUAAGACCACCAGCCCGAGCUUGGCCAGUUCCAGGGCCACGCCCUCGCGGGCGGAGGAACCGGAUGAGGGGCACGACGUGAGCGACACCUUCUAUACAAGUCAGCGAAAGAAGGGCAGCCACGUCUUCCGGGUUCGGCUGGACGCCACAGGAUUCACCCUUCAGCGGGAGUCCCCCGGCGGCAGCAUUGUCAAGGAGCAGCAGGUGCGGAUCUCGGACAUUGUGGGUGCUCGCUGCAUGCGACCCAAGAAGAGCCGUCGUUUGGCGAUGUCUGGAGCCUGUGCCUGCAGUUCCGGCAAUCCCAAUUCGCCGGCUAUCUCGGCUUCCGGCGACCAUCAUCGCACUGCCACCACUCCGAGUAAAUGCAGCACCAACAGCCGGGAGAAUCUUCCAACGGAUGGCGGCGAUGUCAGCGCCUUUCUCUACGUCUUCGCCUAUGUCCUGAAGAAAAGGAGCCUCCGCACGGAGUUGCACAGGGAGCGAACUGUGCUCACCCUGCGGUUCAGAUCCUUCGACACCUUUGAGGACAACAUGAGGGAGGCGGACCGAUGGUACAGAUCCCUCCGCUGGCAGCUACAUCGAACGCUGGAGGAGAUCUUUGUGGCGCCCACGGCGGAUGACCGACGUCGACGAGUGCUGGUGCUGCUGAAUCCGAAAUCCGGUUCCGGCGAUGCUCGAGAGGUCUUCAAUAUGCACGUAACGCCGGUGCUCAACGAGGCCGAGGUGCCCUAUGACCUGUAUGUGACCAAGCAUUCCAACUUUGCUAUCGAGUUCUUGAGCACAAGGUCCCUGGACGCCUGGUGCUGUGUGGUGGCCGUCGGCGGAGAUGGCCUGUUCCACGAGAUAGUCAAUGGACUGCUGCAGCGCCAGGAUUGGGCCCACGUCCUGCCAAAUCUGGCACUGGGCAUCAUACCCUGCGGUUCCGGUAACGGACUGGCCAGGUCCAUAGCCCAUUGUUACAAUGAACCGUACUUCAGCAAGCCAGUGCUGGGCGCCGCUCUCACCGUGAUCAGUGGACGCAGUUCACCCAUGGACGUGGUUCGCGUGCAGCUGCAGAAUCGCUCCCUCUACUCCUUCCUCUCCAUCGGCUGGGGUCUGAUCUCGGACGUGGACAUCGAGAGCGAGCGCAUCCGUCUGCUGGGCUACCAACGAUUCACCGUCUGGACACUGUACCGUCUGGUGAAUCUACGCACCUACAACGGUCGCAUCAGUUAUUUGCCGACAGAGCACCUGGGCUCGUCGACUCCAAGCCACACCGGUUAUGCUGCUCAGCACAGGAUGCAGAGCAGUCGGAGCUGCAAUACGCACAUUGACAUGCUGAACGGGCCGGCGCCCAGCUAUCAUUCCAGUGCCGAGUACCUGCCGCAGGAGUUUGCGGACGUGAUCUCCCUGGAGACGUCCAUCAAUCAGUCGUUCCGCUCGAGGUGCGACAGCUGGCUGUCGGGGGGAUCGCGGCGCAGCUUCUACUAUUCCAUAUCGGAGAGCAUCUACCAUAGUCUGGCGGAUGAGAGCGAGUUUACAGGCCUGACGGCCGCCUCGCUGGAGAACAGGCAGCUGAAUUACGGACCGGCGAGCGAGCUGCCGGAUCUGGACGAGCCCCUGCCCGAGGAUCAGGGCUGGUUGGUGGAGGAGGGCGAGUUCGUCAUGAUGCAUGCCGUCUAUCAGACGCAUCUGGGAAUCGACUGCCAUUUUGCGCCCAAGGCCCAGCUGAACGACGGCACCAUCUAUCUGAUCCUUAUACGCGCCGGCAUCAGCCGUCCGCACCUGCUGAGCUUCCUCUACAACAUGAGCUCCGGCACCCACCUGCCGGAGGUGAACAACGAGUACGUGAAGGUGCUGCCGGUACGAGCCUUCCGCCUGGAGCCACACGACAAUCACGGCAUCAUCACGGUCGACGGGGAGCGGGUCGAGUUCGGACCACUCCAAGCUGAGGUCCUGCCGGGCAUAGCCCGCGUCAUGGUGCCCAAGUAGGAGGAGGACGAACAGGGCCACAUCCCAAGAGGCUGGAGCUUAGUGAAGACCAUCAAGCAAUAGAAAUCUCAAUUUAGGAAUCUCUGCAUUUGUAGCUAAUACUUAGGGCCUCCAAGGGCCGAGAUGAGAGAGUUGUGCAUUCUUAAUAUUUUGUGUUUUUUAUGUGGCUUGCUUUUGCCAACCAAUCAUGUAUUGUUAGCAUUCUUAAAGAUAAUUGCAGUUAUUUACGAAAUGUAAUGUAUAUAAAGCAAUGUAUUUUGAAUUUACUUUAAUCUCGACUGUUUGAAAUAGUGAACAAAGUCUUAAUUUAUAUUUAUAUUAUUUGAAAACUAUGUAACGAAA